ACCACCAUGGAACACACCACGGUUACUAGUGCACCAAGCACCACCAUGGAACUCUCCACUGUUAUGAGCACAGUGCCUUCAACUCAUACAAGCCCUGAAAUGUCCACCUUGACUCCAGAAGCAACCCCUACCACAACCAAAGUUCCAUUGGUGUGCAACAACGAGGGUCUGCUGCAAAAUGGAGUUUGCCUCUGCCCAGAUGAGUGGACUGGUGUCAACUGCUCUACAGCUAACGUCUGUGAGAAAGCCACGCUUAACAAUUUCACUUUUCCAAAGACUGUAAUUGGCUGGUCUGCAUACUCUGAGCAGAAAUGUGGGCCUGAUACAAUGAACCCUGGUAUCUCCAAAGCUACUGCAAGGUGCAUGAAUAGCACGGCAGGCCAAGUAGAGUUUGAUGAUCCUCAGGAGAUAGACUGUGGACUUACCCUGGGUGAUCUCCUAGCCAAUAUCUCUGGCCCUAUCGAUCAGCAGAAGGCUCAGCAGCUUGCCACCAGUACACAGAUGCUGACCUCCAAUCCAGCGAAACUGACAUCAUCAGCUAUCAACUCCGCUGCAAUGAUUGUCAACCGCAUCCUGGUUGAAGAUACAUUAAGCAACAUCACUAAGGAGACAGCAACAUCAGUUGUAACUACAGUCAGUCAGUUACUGUCCGCUGACCCGAACCAAUACUCAGAAACAACUGACAGCACAAUGGGACUCGCAAAGUCCAUAGAUAACCUGUCGUUGAAGCCAAUAGAUGGGUUGAUGUCACUAGUGGUCCAGCCCAAGCUGGUGAUCCAAACCACACAAGUGAAUAGUCACGAGUCACAAGGCAUCCAAUUCAGUGCUCUUUCAGGAGCAUCAUCUAGUACCUUCACCGCAAACCGAAUUCAAGUGAACAGCAAUGCUUCCGAAAUGACUCCGAGUGAAAUCCCUUCUGAAGUUGAGAUUUUCAUAAAAUGUCCCUCAGCUACACCAAACACAAAUAUUACUAUUGGUUUUGCACUUUAUGAAAAUGAUGUCUUCUUCCAGUCAAAGUCUUUCAAGCCUUUCAAGCCUUCCUCUGGCACUAGCAUGAGGGUGAUCUCUGGCAGUAUGGCUGGUGCUAAAGCAGAACACGUCGAACUAAACUUCAAGCCCAUGAAUGUCUCCGAUAAAGUCUUACAUGACUUUGCAUGUGUUUUCUGGGAUAACAACAUCAGUGACUGGAGUACUGAGGGCUGCAACAAACUCAGUUUUAAUCUCUCCAUUCUCAAGUGUCGCUGUAACCAUACCACUAACUUUGCUGUGAUAAUGUCUUUAAGGGCUAUUACAGGAGCUGCAGCUGAAGCUCUGAAUUGGAUCAGCAAAGUGGGAUGUGCAUUGUCUAUCCUGGGACUCAGCAUUACACUUGUGUAUCAGAUUAUGACCAGAAAGUCCAGAAGAAACGCCCCCACUGUCCUCCUUGUGUGCCUCUGUUCCUCCAUGAUCAUCUACAAUUUGACCUUUGUGGUCGGCAUUGCCAAUCCAGAACCAUCAAAAUCAGAAAAAGGAGAGGAUAAUGGCCCAGACAAUGGCACUUGCACUCUGGUCACAGUUUUGUUGCAGUACUUCCUGUUAGCCACCUUCUCUUUUAACACACUUUAUGCUGCUGACUUGUUCAUGCAGCUGAGACAAUUUUACCAGCAUAGCUAUACAGGACGUCUCACCAUCAUUUAUAUGAUAUUAGGCUGGGGAUUCCCUGCUGUCAUGGUGGCCAUAUCUCUGGGAGUGUCCUACAGAGUGGAUGACCCACUGAACUAUCGGCAAGACAAAGUAUGUUGGCUAGCUGCUACAGAUGACAAGGAGAAGUUUGACUUCAGGAAGCCAAUGCUGUGGGGAUUUCUGGUGCCUAUGUCAGCAAUGCUCCUUUUCAAUGCAUAUGUACUAAUUUACUUUGCAUAUACAUCCAGACAGUCCACUGUAAACAGUUUUAAGCAGAAUGCUGCUUUGAAGAAGAAACUUCUGAGUAAUUUCUCUCUGGGAAUUGUGCUGGGACUGUCCUGGGUGUUGGGAUACCUGGUCCUUGCCUUUUCUUAUUCAGAUGGACUUAACAUCUUCCUCAACUUUGCUUUCUGUCUGCUGGUCUCCACACAGGGUGUGCAGAUUUUCAUUUUGUUCACGGCAAGGGCAAGACUUUUCAGGAAGGCCACAUCCCGUGCUAUGAAGUCCAUCUCAGGAAUCUCAAUGAACAAAACCUCAAAACGGAAGGGCAGUCUCAACACAGACACAGAUGGAAAUGGAGUAACAAGCAGUUCAUACGGGAUGUUCACAGGAACUAGUGAAACACGCAUGUGAAUCUUCUCUGUUUCUCUAUUUCAAGUGAAAUGGGGGAGCAUGUUUACAUCAUUUUGUAGGUACAAAUACAAACAAUUAUCUUUCUGUGGACGUGUUUAUGAUAGAACUAAACAACCUUUGAUAUUUUGAGCACACACUUUAUCUCCUUUUUAUCUUUAUGUGACAAUACUGUACAUCAUUAUGUAAUA